GGAAGGUAAUAAUCGAAUGGUCCAUUCUACCACGCUAUUAUCAUGUACCGCUGAUGAAUCAAUCAGAUCGGCGGUUCAAACUGAACUGAUCGCUUGGUGUGAAAAUCUUGAUUGGGAAGACCAAUUUAAUACUGUGUUUUAGACAACACAUUGUCCAUUAUAUUUUGGGAAGACAUUACUGCCUGCAUUUUAAAAGGCUCUGCUUUUUGUGUAGCGAACACACUCUGUUCUGGAGCAAGUGGCAGAGCUUCAAUGGCGAAACCAGUACAGAUUGAAGUAUGGAAUCCAAAUGGGAAAUACAGAGUCGUUAGCACGAAACCCAUGCCUGGAACUCGCUGGAUUAACCUCUUGAUCAAGCAGGAUUGUCGUGUCGAAAUAUGUACCCAAAAGAAAACGAUACUGUCUGUUGAGGAUAUCAUUGCUUUAAUCGGUGAUAACUGUGAUGGAGUGAUUGGACAGUUAACUGAAGAUUGGGGAGAGACUUUGUUUGCGGCAUUAAGCCGAGCAGGUGGCAAGGCAUUCAGUAACAUGGCUGUUGGGUAUAACAAUGUCGAUGUUAAUGCUGCCAACAAGUACGGUGUUGCAGUUGGUAACACUCCUGGGGUGCUGACAGAAACAACAGCAGAGUUAGCCGCUUCCCUGUCCGUAGCAGCUGCUAGAAGAAUUGUGGAAGCUGAUG